AUGAGUGAAAACGACUUGCUCUUUCGCAUUAGCCAAAUAACAACAUAUGUGAGUAAAUGGAUAAUAAAAGCCAAAGUUGUAAAUAAAACAAAAUUAUCAACUUUUAAAAAUAAUAAUAGUUUUUUUAGUAUAGAUAUAACAGAUGUACACGGAGAUUCUAUUUCUUGUAAAUUUUGGGGUAGUUCAGCAGAUAAAUGGUUUAAUAAUAUAGAAUUAAAGAAAGUAUAUAUUUUUUCGAAAGGAAGAGUAUCAAUAGCUAAUCCAAAAUAUAAUACAGUAAAACAUAAAUAUGAAUUAACUUUUAAUGAAGAUAGUGAAAUUCAUGAAGUAAAAGAUGAUGGAGAAAUAAAAAUUCAAAAAAAAAUAUCACUAGUUAAUUUAAGAGAUAUAAAAAUUGCAACAAAAGAAACUCCAUUUACUGCUGAUUUAAUAGGUAUAGUAAAACAUAUUGGUGCAAUAAGUAACUUAAAAACAAAACAAGGAAAUGAUAUAACAAAGCAAAAUAUUAUUAUUGUUGAUGAUACGAAACAUUCAUUUGAAAUUUCCUUUUGGGAUACCAAUGUAAAUUUAAUUAAGGAUGAAAUUCAAGAAAAUGAAAUAUACAUUUUUACUAAUAUUAGUAUAAGAAAUUGGAAUGAUAUGAAAAAUGGUACAUUUGGUGUUACAAGUUCUAUUGAAAAAAUGGAAACUUUAAAUGAAGAAUUAAAAGGAAAAUGUGCAAAAAUUUUACAGUGGUAUAAUACUACUGGUAAAUAUGAACAAUUUACAAAUAUGAGAAAUAUUUUAUCUAAUGAUGUAUCUCAAAAUGCAGAUAAAUAUUAUGCAUUAAGUGAUGUUAACGAUGUAUUAUCUAAAAUAUCAGGUACUUAUACCUUAGUAGGAAGAAUUAAAAGAAUCUAUUGGAAAAGUAAAGAAAAUGAACACAGAUUUUAUUAUCCUGCCUGCACGAAAUGUAAGAAAAAAUUGUUAUCAAGUGGACAAGAUAAUAAUUUAGAUAGUAAUUAUAAUAAUACUAAUGAAGAAGAUAAUGUUGUUUAUUCAUGUAUGAAUUGUGAUGAAAAUAAUGUCAAACCUUUUUAUAAUUAUACUUUUAAUUUUCUUUUUAUGGAUUUUUCUGGGUCAAUUAAUUUAAGAGCUUUUUCUGAUGAAGGAUAUAAUUUAUUAGGAAAAAAAGCAGAAGAAUUAAAAAAUCUUGAUGAUGAUACUUUAGAUUAUUUAUUUAAUUAUGAAUUUUUAUAUAAAGAAUAUAAAGUUGUUGUUCGUGUUAAUCAGAAAGUUUAUAAUGGAAUAGAAAGAGUUAAUUUUACCGCUAUGAGAAUAUUUCCUUUAAGACAUUCCGAUAUUUCCUAUUUAUUAAAUGAAAUUCAAUUGCUUCUUACUAAUAAUAAUACUCCCUCUAAAAAUAAAAGAGCUUUAAAUGAUGAUACAAAUGAUACCAAAAAACAAAAAAUAUAA